UCAUCGCCAAUCCAUUUUAGAGGCUCAGCAAUCUCAACUUGUCUAUUCUCUAUAGCUCGUUCAUCGACAAUGUGCUAAUGUUUGACAUUUCAGAGCAUACCACAAAUAAUACCUCCACCGCUAGGCUGUAGAGUUCGUAACCAUUUUUAUAAUGCCAAAGAUGAGUGUAGAUUUUGUGUGAAAAAAAGGUGUUUUAAAUCCAUUAAUCAAGUAGUUGCGUAAUUGCGUCUACUCUCCCCCUACGGAUAACGCCACUAAAGAAGCUUCAACUCCCGCCAUAAAUGCCCACCUUCCACGCUUCCUCAUUAUAUCUCAACUUCUGCUUCAUAUUUUCUUGCCCCUUUUACUUCUAAUUAACAAUCGCAGUAAAAAGAGUAAUGGCGAAAACCCCAGAAACAGAGCACCCAGUGAAGGUCUUCGGAUGGGCAGCCAGUGACAAUUCUGGAAGCUUGUCUCCAUUCAAGUUUUCUAGGAGGGCUACUGGUGAGAGUGAUGUGCAAUUCAAGGUUUUGUACUGUGGCGUUUGUCACUCAGAUCUGCACAUGGUCAAGAAUGAGUGGGGCGUUACUCACUACCCGAUUGUUCCCGGGCAUGAAAUAGUGGGAAUUGUAACUGAAGUUGGUAACAAGGUGGAGAAGGUGAAGGUUGGCGACAAAGUUGGUGUGGGGGUCUUGGUUGGCUCAUGUCGCCAUUGUGAUCAGUGCAGCAAUGAUCUUGAAAACUACUGCUCCAAGCAAAUACUCACCUACGGUGCCCCUUAUCUGGAUGGGACCAUCACUCGUGGAGGCUACUCCAACAUCAUGGUUGCAGACGAGCAUUUCAUCAUCCGUUGGCCUGAGAACUUUCCCCUUGAUGCCGGGGCUCCUCUCCUGUGUGCCGGCAUCACAACUUACAGUCCGCUAAGGUACUUUGGACUAGACAAGCCCGGGCUAAGAGUUGGUGUCAAUGGUCUUGGUGGCCUAGGUCACGUUGCUGUGAAAUUCGCCAAAGCUUUUGGGACGAAGGUGACAGUUAUCAGCACGUCUCUUAGCAAGAAGAAGGAAGCUAUUGAACACCUCGGAGUGGAUGAGUUUUUGGUUAGUCGCGACCCGGAGCAGAUGCAGGCUGCAAUAGGCACACUAGAUGGCAUCAUUGACACAGUCUCCGCGUCUCAUCCAAUUGUGCCGUUGCUGAGCCUGUUGAAGCCACACGGGAAGCUCAUCGUCGUUGGUGCACCAGAUGCACCCCUGCAGCUUCCUGUUUUCCCCUUGAUCCAAGGUAGGAAGACCAUAGCUGGGAGUGCAAUCGGAGGGUUGAAGGAGACGCAGGAAAUGAUUGAUUUUGCAGCCAAGAACAACAUACUACCGGAUGUGGAGAUCAUACCGAUAGACUACAUAAACACAGCUAUGGAUCGACUGCUGAAGUCUGAUGUGAAGUACAGGUUCGUGAUCGAUGUUGAGAAGUCGUUGAAACCUGAGUAAGAAGUGGCUCAGAAAUGCGUUGAUCUUGUUCCAUCUUUUAGUAUGAAUAAUGGUGUAGGCUGGCAUUUUAGGCCAAAAAGACUGAUGCUGAAUUCUAAGGUUGUGAUCAAUCUGUUUUAUGUUACAUUUAAGGCUUUGAUGGCACAUUUUGAAACUCCUAUGUUAUGUGAUUAGUUAUGUUUGGUAUGCAGCUUUGGUUUCGUCUCCCA